AUGGGACAUAACUCGGAUUGUGUUGUGGCGGUGAAGUACGUUGUAUCAUGGUUGGGGGGUUCAAGCCCUUUUUGCGUAGGUUUAUGUGUUGUGUUAGCCCGGAGCUAUCUUCUUAAAAAGGAGAAAUUUGUUCAGGAGUUCGGGACUGGCUAUUCACUUUUAUGUGACGAUGAAGAUAGUGUUUACUUAGAAAGUGGUGGAGGUUAA